CGCGUUGCCCAGGCUGGUGUCGAAUUCCUGACCUCAGGUGAUCCGCCCGCCUCGGCCUCCCAAAGUGCUGGGAUUACAGGCGUGAGCCGCCGUGCCCGGCAUCCUUUCUUUUAUUUUCGGGAGAGACGUGGAAAGUGCCCCAAUUUUCUCGCCCGUAGUUGAACCUCCCAGCUUUCCUGACCCCAGCCACCACCGGCGCGAGGCUUUAGACAAAGGCCUGUAAGUGGCCUCUUUCCUUAAUCACGCCAGCACAAACCCCAGGAGAUUGUUUCCCAACUCCCGAGUGGCUGCUGAGUGUGAGAAGUUCAUGGCGUUUGAAGGAAAUCCCCAGGAGCCGAAGAGUUCGGCCAACAAAGCAAACGUCCCGUCUCCCGUCUCCUCUUCCUUUGUAGGGGAAACGAACUGAACGUCUGAAACGAAGGUGGUGCGGCCUGGACAAACCUGACCCUUCGACAUCCCCCGCCCCUGCGCCCGCCCUCGCUAAGCGGGGAGGAGCGACCGCUACAAUGGAUCCUCCCGCAGGCUUUGUGCGCGCUCGGAAUCCAGCUGUCGCCGCCCCGCAGAGCCCCCUGUCCCCGGAGGGCGCUCAUUUCCGGGCCGCCCACCACCCGCGUAGCACCGGCAGCCGCUGUCCCGGCAGUCUCCAGCCGUCCCGCCCGCUCGUGGCCAACUGGCUCCAGUCACUCCCCGAAAUGCCAGUCGACUUCACUGGGUACUGGAAGAUGUUGGUCAACGAGAAUUUCGAGGAGUACCUGCGCGCGCUCGACGUCAAUGUGGCCUUGCGCAAAAUCGCCAACUUGCUGAAGCCAGACAAAGAGAUCGUGCAGGACGGUGACCAUAUGAUCAUCCGCACGCUGAGCACUUUUAGGAACUACAUCAUGGACUUCCAGGUUGGGAAGGAGUUUGAGGAGGAUCUGACAGGCAUAGAUGACCGCAAGUGCAUGACAACAGUGAGCUGGGACGGAGACAAGCUCCAGUGUGUGCAGAAGGGCGAGAAGGAGGGGCGUGGCUGGACCCAGUGGAUCGAGGGUGAUGAGCUGCACCUGGAGAUGAGAGUGGAAGGUGUGGUCUGCAAGCAAGUAUUCAAGAAGGUGCAGUGAGGCCCAGGCAGACAACCUUGUCCCAAGGAAUCAGCAGUGUGGAUGUGUGGGCCAGGAUCCCCCUCUUUGCACAGCAUGAGGCAAAAAUGUCCAGCCACCCCCAGGCAUCUGUUAGCAGAGUCUGUCUCUUGGCUUUGUCACUUUUCCUUUUCUUAAAACAAAGCCAUGCCAAUAAAGUGAUCUGUGUUCAAAACGUC